CUUCUAUAUCUCUAUCUAUCUACUAUCAAUUUAUCAUUCAGCUCACUUAUUCCUUCCACUGUACUCUAUCUAUCUAUAUCUAUAUCUAUCGAUUAUCAUCUAACUCACUUAUUCCUUCCACUGUACUCUAUACUUCUAUAUCUACCAUGCUCCCACACACUUCCCCCUCUCCGUGUUAUUGGUCCUUGCCUGCCCACCCUCUGCAGGAUCAUCGCAGCACCGAGUCUCUCCCCCCUAAAAGCGACAUUGUCAUCGUCGGAGCCGGAUAUGCCGGCGUCGCCACGGCGUAUCACCUGUUAAAAGAACUGAAAGAGAGCAGCAAGCAAUGCUCCAUCACCAUUCUCGAAGCCCGCGGCGUCUGUUCCGGCGCCACCGGGCGCAACGGCGGCCAUCUGCGCCCUGAUCUAUACGGACAUAUUCCGACGUACAUUGACCGGGCAGGCGUUGAAGCCGCGGCGGAGAUUGCAGAGUUUGAGAUCGCACACGUCCCUGCGAUCAAGAAACUGGUUCGCGAGGAGAAGAUCGACUGCGACUUCACCCUCUGUCGCACAAUCGACGUCUGGUGCAAUCCCGAUGCGGCAGUAAAAGCCCAGGCUGUGUAUGAGAAGAUGGUGGAGCAUAGCCUGGACUACAUGGAGGACGUCAUCUUCUACACGGGCAAAGAUGCCGAGGGGAUCUCGGGAGUCAAAGGAGCAAAGGCAUGUGCGUCAUAUACCGCUGCAACGAUGUGGCCGUAUAAAUUCAUCCUGCAUCUGGUUUCUUCCAUGCUCGACCAAGGCGUCAACCUGCAGACACAUACACCAGUCUUAUCCGUCACUCCGGCUGAAGAAGGAGGCUUCGCCAUUGAAACCUCUCGCGGCUCAAUACAAGCGACGCAAGUGAUCCACGCCAGCAACGCAUAUGUGUCCGCCCUGCUCCCCGAAUACAGCCACAACAUCAUCCCCUGCAAGGGCAUCGCCUGCCGCAUCGCCGUGCCGGAGGGGACCCAGGCCCCGUUGCUGAACAACAGCUACAUCAACCGCACGGAAGACAACACGCUCUCAUAUCUCAUUGCCCGCGCCGACGGCAGCAUCGUCGUCGGCGGGGCCUCGGCCAAGUUCCGCCCCUUCCUCGACCAAUGGUACAAUAACGUCGACGACAGCGUGUUGAUCGACAGCGCCAAGGACUAUUACGAGGAUUACAUGCAGCGCACGUAUCACGGCUGGGAAGAGUCCAACGCCGCCGUCGACAAGAUCUGGACGGGCGUCAUGGGCUACUCGUACGACUCGAACCCGCACAUCGGCCAUGUGCCCGGCAAACCGGGCCAGUUCGUUCUCGCCGGCUUCAACGGCCACGGCAUGCCUGUCAUCUUCCUCGGCGCCAAGGGUUUGGCCAAGAUGGUGGUCGGCAAUCUUCCCUUUGAGCAAUCCGGCCUGCCCAGGCUGUUCCGUACCACGCAGGAGAGAAUCGAUAGGGCCAAGAACGGGCGUCAGGAAGAUGGCGAUAUCCUGGGUACGGGCUCUUUUCCGGCCACCAAGCAGUAGAAGUAUAUGAGAUCUGUGAGGUAGUAGACUUACUAUAUAUCACUACAAUAGAAUGUAGUUCUAAAGAUGAGAUUAGGCACUAACAAAUUCUCUACCAAGGUUAGUGGAAUAUUAAAUAGAUCUAGUACUGUCAAAUGUUGAG